CCAGUAUCCCAGCAUUCAACGCGCGCUUUGCAGCGUAUUGUUGACAAAGAAAAAGGAAACGGGGUGGGAUUUGAAAUAAAUAUCGCUAAACGGUAAACGGGAGUGAGAGGUGAACGACAUGCUGCCAAAGAGCUGAAGUGUCUGCGUUUGGACCUGGAUCUGUGCAGUGUUACAGCCCGGAGCGGCAGUGGGAAAAGCAUAAAGGGAGGAGGACGUGAGCUCAGCGUGAGCCAAUGCAGCAGCAGCAGAGCCGGCAGCCUGACCUAGUGGAGGGAAGCCUUCCAGUGUUUGUGUUUCCCACUGAGCUCGUGUUUUACGCAGAUGAGCAGGCUUCACACAAGCAGGUGCUCACGCUCUACAACCCCUAUGAGUUUGCUCUUAAAUUUAAAGUUCUGUGCACAGCGCCAAACAAGUAUGCCGUGGUGGACGCCACCGGUGCUGUUAAACCGCAAUGUUGCGUUGAUAUCGUGAUCCGCCAUCGAGACGUACGCUCCUGCCAUUUCGGGGUGAUCGAUAAGUUCCGGCUGCAGGUGUCCGAACAGAGUCAGAGGAAGGCACUGGGCAGGAAGGAAGUGAUGGCGACUUUGCUGCCCUCCGCCGCUCAGGAGCAGCCGCAGACUCGACCCCAGGAGGAGGAGCGCAGGAUGAAGGAGCAGCUCGCCGACAGAGUCUUCUUUGAGCAGACUGCAUUCCAGACAGAGAGCCGUACAGCAUCUGGGGGUCCGAGUCUCCUCACUGUGCUUUUAGGCCUGGUGUGUAUGGCAGCCCUUAUGCUCCCAACUCUGGGAGAGCAGGAAUCCACAGUGCCUGUCUACCUCCACUUAAGUGUUAACAAGAAACUCGUAGCUGCUUAUGUUUUAGGUCUUCUUACAAUGGUUAUUCUGCGCACUUGAAGUGCUCUUGGAAACCGAAAAGGAACUAUAAUGAUGAAGAGGGGAGAUACGGACAUUAACACAGCCAGAAGGGUUGUGAACUCCCUAUAAACAGGAACUAACUUCUUAAAUGAUCAUCACAAACACAAUGAAGAUGCAGAGAUCCAUGGGCAAUGUGUUUACAGGCUGAAAAGUGACUGAGCCGGCACUGCAUCCGGCUGACUAUUAUGUUAAGUGGGAGGGGGUGUAGAAGAACAUGAAUACAUUAAAUUAAAUGUGUUGUUAUUCGUCA